AUGGCCGUAGGCAAGAACAAGCGUCUUUCAAAGGGUAAGAAGGGUAUCAAGAAGAAGGUCGUUGACCCCUUCUCUCGCAAAGAUUGGUACGACAUUAAGGCGCCCUCAACUUUCGAAGUCAGAAACGUUGGCAAAACUCUAGUCAACCGGUCGCAGGGCUUGAAGAAUGCCAACGACUCACUCAAAGGCCGGAUCAUUGAAGUUUCUCUCGGUGACCUCAACAAGGACGAGGACCAAUCGUUCCGCAAGAUUAAGCUUCGGGUCGAUGAAGUCCAGGGCAAGAACUGCUUGACCAAUUUCCAUGGAAUGGAUUUCACUUCCGACAAGCUUCGUUCACUUGUCAGAAAAUGGCAGACCCUCAUCGAGGCACACGUCGAUGUUAAAACCACUGAUGGUUACCUCCUUCGUCUCUUUGCCAUCGGUUUCACCAAGCGCCGCCCGACACAGGUGCGCAAAACAACAUACGCACAGUCUAGUCAGGUGCGGGAGAUCAGAAAAAAGAUGUUUGAGAUCAUGACCCGUGAAGCAACAAAUUGUGAUUUGAAGGAGUUGGUGCAGAAGUUCGUUCCGGAGGCUAUUGGGAGGGAAAUCGAAAAGGCUUCGAGGAGUAUAUAUCCAUUGCAAAAUGUCUACAUCCGCAAGGCCAAAAUUCUCAAGGCACCAAAGUUCGACAUGUCCAAGCUUCUGGAAUUACACGGGGAAACCACCGAUGAGACUGGCACUCGUGUCGCCAAGGACUUCAAGGAACCUGAGAUUCUUGAGGCUGUAUAA